AGAAAAAAAAAUUCAGAAGAGACAGGAAAAAAAAAGGUAAAAGAGAAAACUGAAAAAAAAAAAAAUAAACCAACCAACCAACCACCCCAAAGUCAGUCAUAAACAAAUCAACAUUAAGCUGAGGAGAAAGGCGGGCCAGCUUGGCAAAGCCCGCAAACCCCGCCGCUGUCAAUCAGGAAAAAGGGGCGUGGCUCCGAAAGCCGCGCAUUCCGUUAGUGCGAGGUAACUUGCCUCGUUUGCUCCGGCCGCCCCUGCUUCCACAGCGCCCCUUUCGGCAACUCGGCCCACAGCGCCUGCGCCAAGCGGCGUCGGCGCCUCUCCUCCACCUCCGCCCCCCUCCUUUGCGUCCAGCCGGGACGGCCGUGCCACGUGGUCCGCGGCGGGCCAAUGGCGAAGCGCGCUGCUGCGGGCGGCCGCCAUUGCUGUCAGAGCGCCGAGCCUGCCAGCCUUCUGUGUAUGUCUAUGAGGAGAGCGAGGCGGCGUUGAGGGGAGCCCACCAGGGAGAAGGAGCGGCGGCGGCGGCGGCGGCGGGAGGUCGCGCUCCAUCCGUAGCCCGGCGGCGGGGAACAAAACGACGCCGCCGCCGCCUCCUCCUCCUCUUCCUCCUCCGCCAGAGAAGGAGGAGCGGCUGCCUGCCUCCGCCCGCCCUGAGGGGACCCACCCGGCGGCGGCGGCGGCAGCAGCAGCAGCGGCAGCAGCGGCGGCUGCCCUGAGGCGCGCGCACCCUCCGUUUGUCGUCGCCGCCCGCCUCGUUUCCCGCGCCCCCAUCAUCUCCUUGGCCCGACGCGGGCGGGCGGGAAGGCGGAAGCGGCAGCCCCGCCCGCGCCGAGUGGCCGCCGCCGCCGCUGCCGCCGCCCUUUCUCUCCGGCUCGGCUGCCGAUCGGGCAUCGGCGAGAGGAAGGAGAGGCGAGGAGGCCGGCAGGGCGGGCGCCGCCGCCGCCGCCGGGCCCGCCCCCCUGGGCGCCUGUGCGGCUCCUGCCGCUGCCCCGCUCCGGCCCGGCCAGACAUGCCCCGCUCUGGAGGCCGGGCUAGCCGAGGAGGACCAUGACUGCGGCGGCGGCCAACGGGGCGAGCCUGGAGGACUGUCACUCCAACCUCUUCUCCCUGGCGGAACUGACAGGCAUCAAGUGGCGUAGGUACAACUUUGAAGGCCAUGGAGAUUGUGGACCUAUUAUCUCAGCCCCUGCUCAAGAUGACCCAAUUCUUCUGAGUUUCAUCCGCUGUUUACAGGCCAAUCUGUUGUGUGUUUGGCGUCGUGAUGUCAAACCGAACUGUAAGGAGCUGUGGAUAUUUUGGUGGGGAGACGAGCCGAACCUGGUAGAUGUAAUACACCAUGAGCUACACAUGGUCGAAGAGGGAUUUUGGGAGAACGGGCUUUCAUACGAAUGCAGGACGCUACUUUUCAAGGCGAUCCACAACCUGUUGGAAAGAUGCCUCAUGGACAAAAACUUUGUCAGGAUCGGGAAGUGGUUCAUCCGUCCGUAUGAAAAAGAUGAAAAGCCUAUUAACAAAAGUGAGCAUUUGUCCUGCGCCUUCACAUUCUUCCUCCAUGGAGAAAGCAAUGUGUGUACCAGUGUGGAGAUGGCACAGCACCAGCCGAUCUACCUUAUCAGCGAGGAACACCUUCACAUGGCCCAAUCUUCUCCUAUGCCUUUUCAAGUGUUGAUCAGUCCGUAUGGCUUAAGUGGUACUUUAACGGGUCAAGGUUACAAGAUGUCCGAUCCGGCAACCAGGAAGCUAAUUGAAGAAUGGCAGUAUUUUUAUCCCAUGGUGCUGAAGAGGAAGGAGAGCGUGAAAGAGGAAGAAGAGCUGGGAUACGACGAUGACUUUCCUGUGGCAGUAGAAGUCAUUGUCGGUGGUGUCCGAAUGGUCUACCCGUCUGCCUUUGUUCUUAUCUCUCAAAACGACAUUCCCGUGUCCCAGAGCACUUCCACCCCAGGAAGCCACAGCAGCGUGACCCAACAAGGAGCUGGAACCUUGAAAGACACCAGCGGUUGUGGAAUGUUGCUCACACCACCCACUUCUCCGGAGCAGACUGUCAUAGGCGACAGCGGAGGCAUUCCAGCCAUCAUCAGUCAUUCAGCAGCCCCAGAUGGAAUGGUCCCUAUGCAGAGUCCCAAAAAAUCGGGGAAGAUCCCGCCCAAAUUUCAGAACUGUAUGGUCCACCGAGUUUGGAAAGAAUGCAUCCUCAACAGGACACAGUCCAAAAGGAAUCCAGUCCCCACGACCAAUAUGGAGGAAGAUGCCCCUAUCAGCUGUAUUUCUUGGGAUUUUGUUGAUCCAGCCCAAAGAAUCCCCUGCUCUUGUUCCAGGCACAAGCUCCUCAAGCAACGCUGUGCCGUGGCUUCCAGCCGUCCACCCACGAUAUCGCCGCCGGGCUUCGGAGGGGGAACCUCGUCCUCGUCCACCUUGCCCCCUCCCGCCUCUAAGCACAAAACCACCGAGAGGCAGGAGAAGUCGGAGAAAGUUCAGAAGAGGUCGUUGCUGCCGUUUCACCAUCGUCCGUCGGUCACCGAAGAGCUGUGCAUGGAGCAGGACCCUUCGGGGCCAAAGUUGGCCUUGGCUGGGGUGGAGCCCUCCUUAGAAACUGCUAGUAAUAGGAAGUACGAGAAGCAGCUCUCCGUGCCUCCCAGGCACCCGAGGAAGCCAGCCCAUUCGAAUCCUAUGGAUUCCCCCCGUUCCCCCAUCUCUCCUCUACCCCCGACCCUCAGCCCCCAGCCCAGGGGGCAAGAAACCGACCCUUUGGACCCACCGUCCGAUGCGGUGAAUCCGGCCCUCUACAGCAACGGGUUAGAACUCCAGCCCAUCGCCAGCGCUGAGGACCGGACCGUCCUGGCCGGUCCGAGGUUGCCCCUGAUGGCCGAAGUCAGCGAGACGGCGUUGUAUUGUGGUGUGGUGCACAACCAGGAGUCGCCCAACAAGUGGCAGGGUUACUCUCUUCCUCUACCCAGCGAUCUGGAAUUCAGACCUCCGGAGCUCCAGGGGCAGAUCCAGGACGUCAGGAUGGAGGCGGCGUCUGAAAACAGCGCACUGAAAAGGCUCUUAGCACAACCUAAUAAAAGAUUUAAAAUCGUGGAGGAGACCCUACCUGUUCCAGCCGUGAAUUACCUGGACCCCUUACCGCUAAUUCCUCAAUCUGGUGAAUGCUUGGGAGAUGCCACGGAUCCGUACACGUUUCAGGAUGGGGACAUCAAAUACAGCUUCACGGGCACUAAAAAAUGCAAACUUGGGACUGAUCGAGAAUCUCUGAAGAAGAAUAAGCCAGAAGAUGGAACUGCAGCUAAAGAGCUGACUUCAGGAGGCCAUUCAACCACCCUGCCCGAUGGGAAAGAUGCAAUGUCUAUCUUCAGUUCUGCACCUAAGACAGAUACGCGGCAAGAUAAUUCUGCUGGCCGAGCUGGUUCUGGCAGCUUAACACAAGUCACUGACUUGGCUCCUUCUCUCCAUGAUUUGGAUAAUCUCUUUGAUAAUUCAGAUGAAGAUGAGCCUGGCGCUGUCUCCCCUCCCCUCCGAUCAUCAAAAAUGCCAGCGGUGGGAGCUGAAGAGCGGCAUCUAAGCAAGGAUGCAAGGACAGCAGUUCCUUAUCCUCCAACUGUUGCCGAUCUGCAGCGAAUGUUCCCCACCCCGCCAUCCUUAGAGCAGCACCCGGCUUUUUCACCCGUCAUGAGCUACAAAGAUGGCAUCAGCUCAGAGACCGUCACCACGCUGGGGAUGAUGGAGAGCCCGGUGGUCAACAUGGUGGCGACUCAACUCACUGAGUUUAAAAUGGAAGUGGAAGAUGGCUUGGGCAGUCCAAAGCCAGAAGAAAUCAAGGAUUUUUCCUUUGUGCACAAGGCAUCCACGUUUCAGCCCUUUAUGGGUUCUUCUAUGUUUGCCCCGUUGAAGAUGCUUCCCAGCCAGUGCCUGCUCCCAUUGAAAAUCCCCGAGGCCUGUGUCUAUCGGCCUUCUUGGGCGAUUCCUCCCAAAAUUGAGCAACUUCCUUUACCACCUUCAGCUGCUUUCAUCAGAGAUGGUUACAACAAUAUACCCAGCGUUGGAAGCCUGGCAGAUCAAGACUACCUUCAAAUGAACACUCCACAAAUGAGCACUCCAGUCACACUAAACAGCACUGCGCCUGCCAGUAACAGCGGGGCAGGGGUGUUGCCAUCCCCGGCCACCCCUCGCUUCUCUGUCCCCACCCCGCGCACACCCAGGACUCCACGGACACCGAGAGGCGGGGGCACCGCCAGCGGGCAAGGUUCGGUGAAAUACGACAGCACCGAUCAAGGCUCGCCAGCUUCCACGCCAUCCACCACCCGGCCCCUCAAUUCCGUGGAACCGGGCACCGUCCUGCCCAUUCUGGAAGCCCACAGCCUCUACGUCAUGCUCAUCCUCUCCGACUCCGUGCUGAACAUCUUCAAAGACAGCAAUUUCGACAGCUGCUGCAUCUGCGCCUGCAACAUGAACAUCAAGGGCGCCGACGUCGGUCUGUACAUCCCCGACACGUCGAAAGAGGACCAAUAUCGCUGCACUUGUGGGUUCAGUGCAAUCAUGAAUCGCAAACUAGGGUACAACUCGGGCCUCUUCAUUGAGGACGAGUUAGAUAUUUUCGGAAGGACUUCAGACCUUGGCCAGGUGGCCGAAAGGAGGCUGAUGAUGAGUCAAAACACCUUAAGUCCUCAGCUGGGGGAAGGCAGCAAAAGGGCUCAGGGGCCCCCCGUGAGCCUCCUCCUCCUCCUCCAAAACCAACACACCCAACCUUUCACCUCCCUAAGCUGCUUGGACUACAUGUCCGUCACCAGUCGGCCCGCGCUGUCUUACACGAACUGGAGUUACGACAGGGUUCAGGCUGAAAGCCACGACUCCUGGAAUGAGUGCUUUAACGCCCUGGAGCAAGGCCGUCAGUACGUGGACAACCCGACGGGCGGGAAAGUGGACGAAGCUCUCGUCCGGAGCGCUACCGUUCACUCUUGGCCUCACAGCAACGUUCUAGACAUCAGCAUGCUUUCCUCCCAAGACGUGGUGCGCAUGCUUCUCUCCCUCCAGCCUUUCCUGCAGGACGCCAUUCAGAAGAAGAGGACUGGGAGGACCUGGGAGAACAUCCAGCAUGUCCAGGGACCCCUCACCUGGCAGCAGUUCCAUAAAAUGGCAGGACGGGGAACCUACGGUUCCGAAGAGUCGCCUGAGCCUCUUCCGAUACCCACCUUGUUGGUUGGCUAUGACAAGGACUUCCUGACAAUCUCUCCGUUCUCCCUGCCAUUCUGGGAGAGGCUGCUCUUAGAUCCCUACGGGGGUCACCGGGAUGUCGCCUACAUUGUGGUGUGUCCAGAAAACGAGGCCUUGCUUGAUGGAGCCAAAACUUUCUUCAGGGACUUGAGCGCCGUAUAUGAGAUGUGUCGGCUUGGUCAACACAAACCCAUCUGUAAAGUGUUGCAUGACGGGAUCAUGCGUGUGGGGAAGACGGUGGCCCAGAAGCUGGCAGAUGAGCUUGUGAGUGACUGGUUUAACCCACCCUGGGGCAAUGAAGAUUGUGACAAUCAUUCCAGGCUCAAACUUUACGCGCAAGUUUGUCGUCAUCACCUAGCACCUUACUUAGCUACUUUGCAACUGGACAGCAGCCUGCUGACGCCACCGAAACAUCAAACGGCGCCUCCACCGUCCUCCAGCCUGGAGCAAACCCUCUCUGGGAACGCAGGAUCCGUUUCCUCCACCUCAGCCUGUCUUGGGUCUACGGCUCCCUCGGCUGGCACGUCUUUCAGCUCCUCAGCUAACGGUACCAGUGGUCUCCCGGUGGGCACCAGUACCGUCCCAGGCUCUUCAGUGCCCCAGCUCCUGGCCUCCUCCUCUUCCUCCUCCUCCUCUUCCUCCUCUUCAUUGGCAUCCAGUAUUAGCCAGACAAGCACUACCUCCUCUUCAGGGUUCAGCGGAGGCCUACCUCAAGGUCCAAACCCAAUACCUGGGGCAAUUCCCUCAGACAGACUCCAAGGAAGCACAGUCCCCGGAGGAGACGCAGAGGCAGGCCAAAUCUCAUCGCAGCAACCGCCAGAAGGGCAGGAAAACUCUGCAGAGAGGGAGAGGAUAGGGAUUCCCACGGAACCCGAGUCUGCGGACAGCCAUGCCUACCCACCGGCUGUGGUCAUCUACAUGGUGGAUCCCUUCACCUACACCGCAGAGGAGGAAUCUUCUGCUGUCAGCUUCUGGCUUUUGAGCUUGAUGCGCUGUUACACAGAAAUGUUGGACAACCUGCCUGAAAACAUGAGGAGCUCUUUCAUUCUUCAGAUUGUGCCUUGCCAAUAUAUGCUGCAGACCGUGAAGGACGAGCAGAUCUUUUAUAUCCAGCACUUGAAAUCCCUGGCAUUCUCUGCCUACUGCCAGUGCCGCCGACCGCUCCCCACGCAGAUUCACAUUAAGUCUCUGACUGGCUUUGGGCCAGCUGCCAGCAUUGAGAUGACGCUGAAGAACUCCGAGCGGCCGAGUCCCAUUCAGCUGUACUCCCCUCCAUUUAUCCUGGCACCUAUCAAGGACAAACAGACGGAGCUUGGGGAGACCUUUGGCGAAGCCAGCCAGAAGUAUAAUGUGCUCUUUGUGGGGUAUUGUCUCUCUCACGAUCAACGUUGGCUUCUGGCCUCCUGCACUGACCUGCACGGGGACUUGUUGGAAACCUGCAUUGUCAACAUCGAUUUGCCAAACAGAUCACGGAGGUGCAAGGUGUCAGCACGUAAAAUUGGCUUGCAGAAGCUCUGGGAAUGGUGCAUCGGGCUCAUUCAGAUGACGUCACUUCCCUGGAGAGUCGUGAUUGGGCGCCUCGGACGGCUUGGCCACGGGGAGCUGAAAGACUGGAGCAUCCUGCUCGGAGAGUGCUCUCUGCAGACAAUCAGCAAGCAGUUGAAGGAGGUGUGUCGGAUGUGUAGCAUCUCCUCGGCAGAUUCUCCCUCCAUCCUUAGCGCCUGCUUGGUUGCCAUGGAGCCACAGGGUUCAUUUGUGGUGAUGCCAGAUGCUGUCACCAUGGGGUCUGUCUUCGGCCGCAGCACUGCCCUUAACCUGCAGUCUUCACAGCUGAAUACGCCACAGGAUGCCUCCUGUACUCACAUCCUGGUUUUCCCAACUUCCGCAACCAUCCAAGUCGCGCCUGCCAAUUAUCCCAAUGAAGAUGGAUUCAGCCCCAAUAAUGAUGACAUGUUUGACCUACCAUUCCCGGAUGACAUGGACAAUGACAUUGGCAUCCUGAUGACUGGGAACCUUCACUCAUCUCCAAACUCUUCUCCUGUCCCUUCUCCUGGUUCUCCUGGAAUUGGAGGAGGACCGUCCUUUCAGCACAGCCGGAGCCAAGGGGAGCGUCUCCUUUCCCGGGAAGCCCCCGAAGAACUGAAGCAGCAGCCCCUCGCCCUGGGCUACUUCGUUUCCACUGCCAAAGCCGGAAAUCUUCCUCAGUGGUUCUGGUCGUCCUGUCCUCAAGCUCAGAAACAGUGUCCCCUCUUUCUCAAGGCCUCACUACAUCAUCACAUCUCUAUAGCACAGACGGAUGAACUCCUUCCUGCCCGGACUUCCCAGAGGGUUCCCCAUCCCUUGGACUCCAAAACCACAUCAGAUGUCCUAAGGUUUGUCCUGGAACAAUACAACGCCUUGUCAUGGCUGACUUGCAACCCUGCGACCCAGGAUCGGGGCUCUUGCCUUCCUGUUCACUUUGUGGUGCUCACUCAGCUCUACAACGCCAUCAUGAACAUCCUUUAAUCACAGGGAGCUUUAAUUGGAGCUCCCCUCUCCACUCGAAGAAUCCGCCACGGCCUGCACGAGUUCAGGUCCCUGACGAGUCUGAAGGAGGCCUGAGCAGCGCUCCCAGUUUUUCUCAACAAGCAGGAGAAUCCUCUCCCACGGGAUCGGAGUCCACCAACACGGGACAUCCUCAGCCUCUGUGACCAGGGUUUCAAGCAGCCGAUGUAUUACAACUUUGAGGCAGUGUUAAUUCGCCGGCUGAACCUUACAGAACUAUGGAGCACGGUGAAAACCAUAACGUCUUUCAUUUCAUAUCUCUCUCUCCCUUUCCCUCUCUCUCUCUCUCUCUCUCUCUUUUUCUCUUCCUUUUUCUGUGCACGGAUCUCUGCCGAAGAAAAGCAAAAUAUUGUUGUGACCAGUCGGGGUGACCCAAAGCCUCUGCCGUUUUCCUUGGAAAAACCGUCGCAAUCCAUGUGGCGUCUGCUAGUCGGAAAAAUAGAUCAGAUUUUCUUUCUUUUUUCUUUUUCCUUUGUGGUGUACCUGGAACUCCUUGGAUUGGAUUGAAUGAAUGUGGGGGGGAUACUUUUUUUUUGGGCGCCCCCCCUCCCCCAUCCAUGUAGAUACGAAUCGUCUGGAGAUAAUGCUGACGUUUGUCCAGUUUAUUGUUUUAUUUUAAUUUAUUUAUAGGGGCUAUUAAAUUAUAGAGGAGCAGGUACAGCACGCGAUGUGACUCCCAUCUCACCGAGAAGUGGGGUUAUUUUUUUUUUCCCGGUAUACCUCUUCCUUUUUAGCCUAGAAAUUGGGAUGGGGAGGGGACACACGGGGCGUUUCCGGUGGGGGUGGGACGGAGCAGUCCUAAGUCAAUCAGAUAACCGACAUCCCGGGCAAAAUAGCCCAAACCAGUGGAAAAAUACGGAACACACGAAAACAGCUUUCUCCAAUCUGACAGUAUCCAGAGGUGCUGGGAAUCAGCAUCUCAUCAGCUGGAGCCAUCCGUAGCGAGGAUUGUUUGGGGGCAGGGGCUGGGAAUCAUGGGUGGUGUAGUUCAGCGUAGCUGGAAGGGACAUCACUGGCUGCUUCAAGUGUGUGGAAACCGCCCCCAAAAGAGGGGAGGGGAUGGAAAUGGACAGGGAAGUUUAAGGCGGCGUUUAGAACAGAAUAAUAAUAGGGUUGAAAGGGACCUUGGAGGUCAACUAGUCCAACCCCCUGCUCAGGCAAGGGGACCCUAUGUCAUUCCGGACAAAUGACUGUCCAGACUCUUCUUAAAAACCUCCAAUUGGAUCAAUGUGGAUUCCCCCCCCCCCAGCAUCCCAUCUGCGUAUCCACACUCAGAUGUGCCCAGAUUUCGAUACGAUGAUGUGCGUAUCCUCCACUCCGCCCCUUCCAAUCUCCGUGAGAGAUAUUUUGGAGAAUUUUUUUUUUAAAAGCGACUUUAUUGCAUUAAUAUGGAAAAUAAAAGGACACUGAGUGGGCGUGGCGGGCUGGGUGGGGAAGGAAGCCUAAGCUUGACUUAGUUAAAACGUCGGCACCGGGAUAUGGUUGUUUGUUUGUUUUUUUUUUAAAAAAAGAAAAGCUUAAAGCCAUUAAAUUGUUUGACUCGGAGGUCUCCAAAUUCGACAACCUUUAAGGCUUGUGGGCUUCAACUCCCAGAAGUCUUCAGCUUGGACAACCUUUAAGGCUUGUGGGUUUCAACUCCCAUGCCGGCUGAGGAAUUCUGGGAGUUGAAGUCCACAAGCCUUAAAGCUGCCCAGGUGGGAGACCCCUGGUUUGAACGACUCCUUGGAUUGGAGGCAUCUAAGGGGGCGUUCCCAUUUCUAGCGGUGACAGGCCAAGGCUGCUUUGAAGGGGGAAAGGGGGCGGGACUUGGUCAUCACGGCCACCCUUAACAGAUCUUUUAGCAUUUUUGAAGUUCUUCCAAGCGUCUCUCUUCUGGUUAAAUGAAAAAAGGAAAAAAAAAAUAUGAAAAUUUCUAUGAAUUUAAAUAUUUUUCUCGAAACGAUGAUGUAAUGUUUAAAAUCAGAUUUAUUAUUAUUAUUAUUAUUAAUAUUAUUAUUAUUAUUAAAAAAGUAAUCCCAUGCAAGGUGGGAAAGGAUCGGUCGGAAGGAGACCCUGUAAAAUGGAUCGCUCUUAUUAGUCUCUGCUCCAGGCUGCCCACCUGGAGGAGUUUUUUGCAAUGUAUAGGAGGGGGGGAAAAAUUCAGAUAUAUCGAAAAUCAUUUGUAUCUAAUGUAUACAGUGUAAAAUGGAUUUUAAAAAUAUUACAUUACUAUUUUUUCUUAAUCGGAAAGAAAAUUCUCAAGGCCUUUUGAAGAGCAUUAAAAGAUGAAGAUUGUAAACUUGUAUACAAAAAAAAAAAAACAUUCUUGGUGAGGAAAACUAUGUAAAGUUAUCUUUUAACACUUUGGGGUUAUUUGUUCCCAAGAUUCGCCUGAAUUUUGGAUUAUAGUUUGGAUUAUAGGCUUCUUUUUAACGGGCUGUUUUUUUUAUUAAGGGGUGACUUCUCUCCCCCACCCCCAGAGAUCCAAUUCUAAUGCAAAAAUUUAAAAAAAAACAACCCUCAAUCCAUAAAUAUGGGGAAGGGGUUAAUAAGGAGUAGUUUUCAUCUGAUGUUGUUUUUAUUUAAUUUUUUUAAGUUAAGAGAAACUGGUAACCUAUUUAUACAUUUUUUUGUGCAAAAAUAAAUGAAUGGCAAUAGAUUUUAAAAAGAAAAAAAA